AAUAGUGGGGGGUCUAAGUUUUAACAACUUGCCUAGCAGAAAAAUGGGAAAGAAAAUGAAAAUUCAGUGCAAGAUGCAAAACAUCAUUAAAUAUUCUAACUCUUAUCACCAAGCUCAGCUCUCUGAAUGUUUAUGUUGUUUGCCUAUGUAAUUUACACCAGACUGAUAAGUGAUAGAUAUUGCCUUCAAAGCUAGAGUCAAAGUAGCUGUACCCGAAACAGCAAUUCUCUUCAUAUAUUAUCCACACAGAAUUACUAAGCACUGAUUAAACAAAACAUCCCACAUUAGCGGCAGCAGGGACAAUGAAAAUAGCUUAUAUCCAGUGACAAUGUCCAUGAAGUGAAAUUCUUGUGAAUGUGAAAUGGUGAAAAGUAAGAUUCAUUAUGGAAGACAUAUGAUGAAAGAAAAUGCUAUGUGAGUCAAUGGCUUAGGAGGAGGCAAACCAUAUGCGUGGGAUCUAAGAAUCAAGCUCGCGCAAAGAUGUCUUCACACAAGAAGCACUUAUUUUAUAUCAGAAAAUGUGCAUUUUCCCAGUGAUCUUUUAGUGUUAUAUAUGAGUGUGAGAUUGACAUGUCAGGACUCUUCAAUGAGACCUUUUCAGGGAACUAUUCAACAGACACUGAAGACGAGAUACUAUUUGGAUUGCCAGAGAGAGUGAUAUGGGCAACUAUUGACGGAGCCCUCAUGAUUCCAAUUUUAGCAGGGAACAUUGUAACCAUCUGCGCAAUUUUAUGGUGUCGACGUCUGUCAAGUGUACUAUCAAACCAGUUCAUCCUGAACUUGGCAAUAUCUGACUUGUUAGUAGGUCUAUUUUUGCCAUAUCAUAUGGCAUUCUCAAUAAUCGAUGAACUGAACAAGUCCAAGAACAUCUGUUUAUUGCGAUUUAUACUAGUCAUACUUCCAGCCAGUUCUUCAAUAUAUAAUCUCAUAGCAAUCGCUAUUGACAGGUAUAUUUCCAUCGUGUAUCCACUACACUAUUCAACGUACAUGACAGCAAGGAAAGCAUUAGUGAUAGUCGGAGUUGGCUGGAUACUUUCUGCCAUAGUAUCAACAAUGCCCAGCUAUUGGAAUAAAUACAGUGAGGACAAGGAGUGUUUGGUUGACAAUGUGCUACCAAAAGCCUACAUCAUAUGCAUCAUCACACCAGCAUUUGUUCUGGUACUUGUAGCAAUGUUGGUACUUUACUGGCGAAUAUGGAAGGAAGCUUCAGAACAAGCCAGAAGACUUAGGAACGUUACUAACUCUCAGUCAGAUUGGAAAUCUGUCCAGGUUGUUCUUUUAGUCUUGGGCUCUUUCUCCAUCUGUUGGCUACCCUACUUCACAGUCAUCUGUUGCCGUGUUGUUGGUGCGAAGUCAUACACAUCCUUUGUGGUUUACAAAGCAGCAUUUUCAAUGGGUAUGGCCAACUCAUGCAUAAAUCCACUCAUAUAUGCAUGGAAAAACACUGAAUUUAAGAAUGCUUUUAGAAAUAUACUUCACUGCAAGUCACCAAACCGAGCAGAUCAUCUACUAGAAACUAUAACUACACAUACCGAACUGCACACUAUUGACAGUUCAUGUGGAGGUUUCACUUAACUUUCAAUGAUUGUUUAAUCUUCUUUUUGUAAAUAUAGUUCUGAAAAAACGUAAAACUUUA